AUGACGAUGAGAAAGGGGACUACAACGACAAUAUUUGGCGUCUGCAUAAUGGUGAUGGCCAUGAUGCUCAUCGGCAAUCUGGAGCUGAGCAUGGCUCAGGAGGAGGCGUGCAGCGUGAACGAUCUGUCCUCAUGCGCGUUUCCGGUCCUGUCUGGGGGGAAGCCGUCGGAGAAAUGUUGCAGUGACCUGAAGAAGCAGCCCCCUAAGUGCCUUUGCCAGUUUCUUAACGAUCCCAACUAUAAAGACUAUGCUGAGAAUGCUAGAAAAACUUUUAAGGCUUGUGGUGUACAGCCACCCUGUUAA